AUGCCACCCCGAGUUCGAGUUGCGGUUUGGCCAGAGGAUGCGCCCUCCCGGUUUGAUGAGAAUAUCAUAUCCAUAUCUGCUGGAAACUCCAACUUGAACUGGGCAUUGCAUACUGGAAUCGACUCUGGUUUUGUUCCUGUACUCUUUUGGAGAACACCUCCCGUCCUACGAGAUGAACAACAUACCGAUGACGCUUGCACUGUCCUCGCCAGACAUUUGCCCCGACAGGUCCAUUCCAUUAUUUUUGGAACCGAAACCGCCGAUCAUCACAAGGACAUUGCGUCCCAAGUGGCCGCCAGAAGAAAAUCUCCAGCCUUGAGUGUCUACAUUGUGUCCACCAAUAUGGAACACGAAAAUGGAAUUCAUUUUCUCUUCAAGGACGUUCCCUCACGGGUGGUACGAUUGCAAUCCUUUCAUUUCUUUUCCAAGGAGGAAGGUGCCUACGAAACCAUUGGAGUUGAUCGGGUUUCCACGCUCUUUUCCUGCAAGACUACCUAUCCCAAACGUCACGUCUUGUGUUUCGAUGCCGGAACUGCCUGGACUUAUACUGCCGUCAACAACAAGGGAGAGAUUGUUGGUGGUGGCAUUGCUCCGGGAGUCGGUGCACGAUUUCGGUGUCUGGCGGAUUAUUGCGACGGAUUGCCCGAAAUUGAUCACACCCAUUACCACAAGGCCCUCAAGGAAAAGAUGGAAACCAACACGCCGUUUCCGAUCUUUGCUCAAAAUACCUUUGAGGCUUUGAUGACCUCCACCUUUACCGAAAUUGCCAACCAGACUCGUUACCUGGUCAAACACUUUUUGGAAAAGGUCAAGGACGAUGGAAUCACAGACCAGAAACCAGUGGUAGUGGUUGCUGGUGGUGAUGCUGCCUUUCUCAUUAAAGUUCUCCAAAAGGACUUUUCGGGAAUCAUUCGAGCCGAACCAGGAGCUUCCAUGCCUAUUGGAGAAUUUGAUGUGGAAGAGGCCAAACAUUUGGUGCACUAUGGAGUCGGACAACUCUUGUGCCAAAAGGUGCCGCCAGAAGCGGACAAUCCGGAGGACAUACUUCGGGAGGUCCUCAAAGGAAAUCGUAUUGCAAGACGAUUCCCAUACAUGAACUACGAUGGAACUGAUGUUUUUCGUGGGUCCAUCAUGUCCAUCAAGAGCGGUGCCAGGUUGGAAGACGAUUUGUUCUUUGUGCGAUACGAUGAUGGAGAUGCGGAACACGUUGAGUUUGCGGAGAUUUAUGACGCUCUUCAAUUGUACCUCGAAGUAGGCGAAAUUAAAAGUGGCGAAAAACUCAAAUUGGAUCAAGUCAACAAAUCCAUUGUCCAAAUGGAAGCCAAGAGCAGUAAACUCAAGGAGGACGCCCCCAAGCGACAAGAGAAGCGCGAGGAAGAAUUGGCCCAACACAAGGCUACCGAUGAUAAUAAGAAGCAAGCUCAAUCGGGCGGCAAACGUGGCCGAAAGUCCAAGGAUGGUCCCCAAAAGAAGAAAGCCAAGGGGGGCAAGGAAACCGGAGACAAACGCACCAUGUACAUCAACAAACGUGUGGCCAAGGCCUUUGAAGGUCCCGGUGGAGAAGCCGCCAUUUACUUUGGUACGAUUGAUAAAGUCACUCAGCCAAAGGAACCCUUUUAUUGGCAUGUCAUUUAUGACGAUGAGGAUGAAGAAGAAUUUGAUGAGAAGGAUAUUUUGUCAGCCUUGAGAUUGUAUCAAGUUCAUCGCAACGAUGAUACCGAAUACGAAGGCCCGAAUGCCUCUGUGGUGGAUGGCUUGUCGCGAGGAGAGCCCACAGCGGAAGCCUCUGGAGCUCCACCUGCUGCUGCAGCAGCAGCAGCUGCUGUGACGACGACGACAACAACUGCCGAAGCACCACCUGCAGCCGGUAACGGUGCAAACUAA